AUGGGCAACGUCGACUAUGGCCCACAGCUGAAUGUCUUGACUUGGCUGUUGAUAUCCAUUUCGGGCCUCUUUCUUUUCACGCGGCUUUAUCUCAAGCACUGCCAACACCGUGGGCUCUGGUGGGAUGACUGGAUCCUGCUGGCUUCAUGGGUGGCCUUGGCGGCUUCGGCCAGUCUCGUCGCGUUCCUCGUCAGCAUCGACUACGGCAAGAGGUUCAUUCCCUUCCACAACGCCAUAAAGUUCGGCUUGCCUGUCAACGUCCUCUCGACGUUGGUGAUCAUCGCCAACCUCUGGGGCAAAACGUCAUUCGCCGUCACUCUCCUGAGGUUACCUGUCCGGUGGAUGCGGAUCAGCGUGUGGUACAUUCUCACGACUCUCACACUGACCCUCACGGCCAGCGUCCUUAUGGUUUGGAUCGAAUGCGGCCCUUUCAAGUUGGCGGGGGAUUGUGUCCCGGUUGGUGUAUCGAUAAGGUACAACGUGUUCUCCUGUGCAUACUCGGCGGCUGUGGAUGUUGCGCUUGCGGUUUUGCCGUGGAAGUACCUGGUGAGCCAGCAGAUGAGUAAGAAGGAGAAGACUGGUGCCAUGGUUGCAAUGAGCAUGGGGAUAUUCGCUGGAGCGACAGCGGCGGCCAAGGCGUCAACCAUCCCACAGCUCCAAGGCAGCACUGAUGCUAGGGGCAGCAUCCCGCUGGUGGCUCUAUCGCUCGCAGAAGCGGCCGUGUGCAUUGUCGCAGCAUCGAUACCCAUCCUCCGGGCGCUCUCGCGGGGAGGGUUUCGAGGACCUGUCCAUUUUGGAUACCAGACGGGUUAUGGAACAGCCAUGGUCGAAUCUGAACGGCAGGGGGUGACAAGCCUGCGAAGCCAAACGACUUUUGUCUCAUUGCCAAUUCAAGGCUCCCGGCGCCCGCAGUCUGGGCAGCUGGAAACCGGAAUAGGAAUCCAACAACAACAACAACGGCGGGGCACAUCUCUCUGGAAUGACCCGGACAAGUCGUACGCGUACAUUUGUUGGUGCCAGCCGCCAUUUCCCGUCGAUAACGACGACAACGACGACGACGACGACGACGACGACGACAAAGACGAUGAAGAGGAGGGGGAAGAUGGUUGCGACGGUGGCAAGACGUGCCUCUGCGGCAAGCCGGCACAGGAACAUCCCGAUCACAAAUGGAUAACGAUGUUGACAUGGCCCGAUUUCGCGACCCCCGGCAAUUUCGACAUGCACACGUUUAGCGACCACGCAGCGUACGGGGUGGUGGAGGUAAUCGAGAACCUGCUGCUGGAUUUCGUCGAGGCGAACGGCAAUUGGAGAGAACAAUGGGUUGUGAUCGACGAUCCGGACACGGUCAACCACCUCAUCCGCCUCGUCGGGCGCACUUUUCUCGCCAUGCUCGCCCAACUGGAACGCCAGCGCCGCCUCGGCCCCGACUCCGAAGUCAAGGACCUCGGCCUGAUCAUGUCCUUAUACAUCGAGACUGCCAGGACCAUGCAGGUCAACGAUCUGCUCAAGGACGGCGACGAGGAAACAGUCGAGCUGAAGAUGCCCGACGGGUCCACGGAAAAAUACACCUUCGACCUCGGCAAGUUGGACGAGUACAUUCUCGGCUAUGUCGAACGCCACAGCAUUUCGGUGCCGGACGCGCCUCAGGACGGCGAGGGCGCCGCCGAGGAGCUACCCCCCCAGACGAGUGAGGACCCCUGGAACACGGCCGAGGCGUUCCGCCGGUACGAGAGGGUCCACGGGAAAGCGAGCGGGCCUGGGGAGAAGCCGGCCAUAGGCGGGGACCGUUACGACAUCACCACCUGGACGAGUGCCGAGCGGCGGUCGGCCAGCUUCAAGAAGCGGGACCCGUUUAGCAAGAAGGAGAUUGCGGCGCUCAAGCUGGGUUUUAUGCUGGGUUUUGAGUAA